UUGGGCGGAAUUUUAACGGUGACAGCAGUCUACGUCUCCAUCAACGUCGCCUAUUUUGUUGCACUCGAUGUGGAAACAGUCAAGUCAUCCAACGCUGUCGCAGCACUGUUCAGCCAGGCGACUCUGGGCUCAUUCGCCAAUGUGAUUCCGUUUCUGAUUGGUGUGCUACUUGUGGGAUCGCUCAACAGCAAUCUAUUCUCGGGCAGCAGAUAUAUGUACGCAGCAGCUCGUCAGGGACAUCUUCCAACCUGCUUCAGUUGUGUCAAUGCAGCUACAGACUCGCCCAGAGUAGCUGUGAUGGCUCAGACACUCCUGGCAAUCGGAAUAUCUUUCGUGGGUGAUCUGGACGCCCUGAUCAACUACGUGAUGUUUGGGUUCUGGGCUCAGCGUAUCUUCACGCUCGUCGCAUUGCU